AUGGGCUCGAUAGCAACCACUUCGCUCCCCUUCACACUCCAAAAUCAAAGCUUAUAUAAGGACCAAGCAUACGUUGACGGGCAGUGGGUUGAAGCAAAAUCAGGGAAUCGCUUCGAUAUCGUUGACCCGGGCAGUGGCAGAAUAUGGGCCACCUGCGCUGAUAUGGCAGCUGAAGACGUUGACAACGCCGUCAACGGGGCAUACAAGGCAUUCCAGAAAUUCCGCAUCGUCAGCCCGAGAGCUCGUGCAGAUUUGCUCCUGAGAUGGGAUGCUCUGAUCAGGGCCAACAAAGAAGAUAUUGCCACCAUCCUUGUACACGAAACUGGCAAACCUUAUGCAGAGGCUAUUGGCGAGAUCGAAUAUGCUACUUCUUUCACCAGAUGGUUCGCCGCGGAGGCUGAGCGCGUACAUGGCACUGUCUUCACACCAUCCAUGGCUGGUAGAAGAGUAUUUACCAUCAAACAACCGAUUGGAGUUGCCGCGGCUCUAGUGCCGUGGAACUUCCCCAUUGCUAUGAUCCUACGAAAGGCCGCCGCUGCUCUUGCUGCCGGUUGCACAAUGAUUGUGAAGCCGUCGCCCGAGACACCACUGUCAGCAUUGACUCUUGCCCAUCUGGCCGAGCAAGCUGGCUUCGGACAGGGAGUUUUCUCUGUCCUGCCAACCACUCUUGCCAACACUCCAGCUCUGAGUGAAGCUCUUUGUAAGCAUGAAUAUAUCAAGAAGGUCACGUUCACUGGCUCGACCCGAGUGGGCAAGCUCAUCUCACAGCACUGCUCAAGCGGCUUGAAGAAGUUGACCCUCGAGCUCGGCGGCAACUGUCCAUUCCUGAUCUUCGACGAUGCUAACCUCGUCCAAGCCUGCGACGCUUUGAUGGCUCUGAAGUACCGACACGCUGGUCAGGCAUGUAUCACAGCAAAUCGCGUUUAUGUACAGAGUGGGGUCUAUGAUAAAGUAGCACAGAUGCUCGUAGACGGGGCCAGGAAGCUCAGAGUUGGACACGGCAUGGAUAAGACCACCACUAUGGGACCCCUGACCGUACCAGCUGGUAUUGAGAAAGUUGCUUCGCAGAUUAAAGAUGCUGUCUCAUCUGGUGGCAAGGUGCUCACCGGUGGCCAAAAGAUUGAAAUCGAGGGAGGCUACUUCUUCGAACCCACCAUCAUCGGCAACGCGACUCCAAGUAUGCAGGUUAGCUCAGAGGAGACAUUUGGCCCAUUGUUGGCCUUAUUCCCGUUCUCAACCGAAGAGGAGGCCAUCACAGCUGCCAACAACACGAGCAUGGGUCUCGCAUCUUACUUCUUCACGAAGAAUAUUGACCGGACUUGGAGGCUAUUGGAGAAUUUGGAGUCAGGGAUGAUCGGUAUGAACACGGGUAAUGCGUCGGCGGCGGAGGCGCCUUUUGGUGGUAUCAAGGACUCUGGAUAUGGCAAGGAGUCAGGGAAGGAUGUCGCUAUACAGGAGUAUAUGAUCACCAAGACGGGUACAUUGACAUUGGAGGGUCAGAAUUGA